AUGAGUAAAUUUUUCCUGUCUAAACAGAGGAGAGCUGAGAUUGAAUCAAUAUUUAAAGAAUACAAUACUAAUAAAGAUGGAGUAAGUGGUGAAAAAUUAUUAUAUUUGUUAAGAUCUCUUGGUAUAUAUCUUAACAAAAGUGAAUCAGAAGUCAUAUUGGAAGAUUAUAAGAAAAAUGGGAAUUUAAAUUUGAGUGAAUUUUUUGAACUUAUGAAACAAUAUUAUUUCGAUGAAAAUAUUGAAAACUUACUAUACCUGUCUUUGCAAUCGUAUGCUCAGGAAAAAUCUAAAACCAUAAAUUUGAAUGAAUUCAAAAAUGUAUUAUUGACAUUAGGUAGUGGAAUUAAAUUAACAGAAGAAGAAGUAGAUGCAUUUUUAAAUGUAGAAUUCAAUGGAUAUAAAAAUAAAGAAAUAUCAUUUGAUGAUUUCAUUUAUAAAAUUUUAAAAGAAUGA